UGUUGGCGCGCUCUGGGACAUUGUGGUAAUAAAUGUGGUGAGCUGACGUGUGGUGCGGGUUUUCCAUUGAGUUUCUUGCGCCUCGACUCUGUGAUCUCGUCGGGCUGAUCUACAGGGGGGAUUUUAAAAGGGAUUUCGUCCUUGUUCGGAAUUUCCGGAUCGAGGGAAGGCUACGCUUCGAUAAAGGGAAGCAUCAUCGAUCGUCGUCGAGAGAAACGAUGAGCGGUUUGGGACGAGCCGGGAACAGAGCGGCGCGAUAAUAAUAAUAUGUGGACGACUUGGCCGCGGACGAAGCGCAAGUGGCGGGACUCGGGCUCGUCUCGAAGCGGGCGAAAGCCUGGCGGCAACCGCGACGGUUUCCGUUUCAUCUAUUCGGUGGUGUUGGCGGCCUGCAUGACGGCACAGGAAGCGAGGAGCGCCAAGUGUCCGCCGCCUGACACGAUGCCCGGCUGUCCUUGUUACAAUUUCGAGGACGGGCUGUUCCUGGAAUGCGCCGGGGCCACCGAGGAAUCCCUGAGGACCGCUUUGUCCGGUGUGAUACACGCAGCUGAAGGGGAAGGUGCGAUAGUUCAAUCUCUGAGCGUUUACGAGCUGGACAGAAGAGUGGAGGAGCUUCGUUCCGUCGCGUUCCCCGCCGGCUCUCAGAUCAGGCAUUUGCAGAUAUCCCACUCGGCGAUACGCGAGAUAAGCGAGGACGCGUUCAAACGAUUGAGCAAAAGCUUGGAAUCGUUGGCGUUGGUGUCGGGCCGGCUACCCCACGUGCCGCAGAAAGCUUUGGCCACGUUGUCCUCCCUGAAGGCGCUCGACUUGGAGGCGAAUCUGGUCCACGAGCUUCCCAGUUACAGUUUUUACGGAUUGUCGUUGAUCAAGUUGAAUCUGAAGGGGAAUCAGAUAAUAAAAAUAUCGGAGUACGCGUUCGCCGGGCUGGAAGACACUCUCACGGAUCUGAACCUGGCCGAGAACAAGAUCAGAGUAUUCCCUAUGACGUCCCUGAGGAGAUUGGAGCACCUGACGUCUCUCAGGCUUGCCUGGAACGAGGUAUCCGAGCUACCCGAGGACGGAUACUCCAGAUUAGACGCCCUCAACUUUCUCGAUCUGACCAGCAACAAUUUCAAAAAGAUACCGCUCAAUUGUUUCCGAUGUUGCCCGUCCCUGAAGAUUCUCUCUCUGUACUACAACGCGGUCGAGUUCGUGGACAAGGACGCGUUCAUCUCGUUGAUCGACCUCGAGUCCAUCGAUCUGAGCCACAACAAGAUCGUAUCCCUGGACGUGAACACGUUCAGGGCGAAUCAAAGGCUGAGAUCGAUAGAUCUCAGCAACAAUCACAUCCAUUACAUACGCGGCGUGUUCUCCAAGUUGCCCGAGUUGAAGGAGUUGUUCCUCGCGGAGAACAACAUUCUGGAAAUACCGGCGGAGACGUUCGCCGGUAGCACGAGCCUGUCGGUGAUCUAUCUUCAACAGAACGCGAUCAGGAGGAUCGACGCUAGGGGUCUGGCCACGUUGAGCCAAUUGGCCCAGUUGCAUCUGAGCGGGAACUACAUCGAGAAAGUGCCGCGCGAUUUUCUCGAGCACUGCGACAAUCUGUCCACGUUGUCCCUCGAUGGGAACAACAUCCGCGAAUUGGAGGUGGGAACAUUCGCGAAGGCGAAAUCGUUGAGGGAGCUUCGACUGCAGGACAAUCAGAUUACCGAGGUGAAGCGAGGCGUGUUCGCCCCGUUGCCAUCCUUGUUGGAGCUCCAUCUGCAAAAUAACGCGAUAACCGACAUGGAGACGGGCGCUCUGAGAUCCCUGCACAGUCUGCAGCACGUGAAUCUUCAAGGUAAUCUGCUCGCGGUGUUGGGCGACGUGUUCCAAGUGUCGAACGACGUGGGCCAAAAUGGGAACAGCGGCAGCUCGUUGGUCUCGAUUCAAUUAGACAACAACGGGCUCGGCGUGCUCCACAACGACUCUCUGAGAGGGCAAGCGUCGGUAAGGAUCAUGUGGCUCGGUCACAACAGAUUAACCCGUCUCCAGGCUCCUUUGUUCAGGGACCUGUUGCUGGUCGAGCGAUUAUAUCUCACGAAUAACUCCAUCUCGCGGAUCGAGGACACGGCCUUCCAACCGAUGCAGGCGCUCAAAUUCCUCGAGCUGAGUAUGAACCGUUUGAGCCACGUCACCGUCAGAACUUUCUCGGAAUUGCACGAGCUCGAGGAACUUUACCUGCAGGACAACGGGCUGCGACGCUUGGACCCGUACGCGUUGACCGCCCUCAAGCGACUUCGCGUCCUCGACCUGGCCAACAAUCACUUGAACGUGCUCCACGACAAGAUCUUCCAGGAGGGAUUGCCCAUCAGAACGUUGAAUCUCAGGAACUGUACCGUGAGCGUGAUAGAGAACGGGGCGUUCAGGGGAUUGAACAACCUGUACGAGUUGAAUUUGGAGCACAAUCACCUCACCGCGUCCACGUUGAACCGUCUCGACAUCCCGGGAUUGAGAGUCCUCAGAAUAUCGUACAACAAUUUCAGUCAGAUCAACGGGAACUCGUUGGACGGAUUGCCGUCCCUUCAACACCUGGCCAUGGACUCCUCCCAAUUGUACAGAAUGCCCCCGGAGAUAUUCUCGAAGAACAAGAACCUUGCCAAGCUUCUGUUGAGCAACAAUCGCCUCCGUACCUUGCCCACCUUGCUCUUCCUCGGUUUGGACGCGUUGAAGGAAGUGAGAUUGGACGGCAACCAAUUCCAAGAGAUCCCGUACGAGGUGUUCGCGAACGCGACCACAGUCGAGUUCUUGUCGUUGGCCAACAACGCGAUCGUGAACGUGGACAUGUCGCGGAUGAACGGAUUGGCCAGUCUUCGGGAGCUCGAUCUACGCGCCAAUUACAUCAUAUCCCUUUCCGGUUUCGCAAGCGUGAACCUAUCCCGUCUCAUAUCCGUCGACCUGAGCAACAAUCACCUGACCGCCCUGCCCGCAAACUUCUUCGCCCGCUCGAACCUGCUUCGAAAAGUCGAGUUGGCAGCCAACAAAUUCCAUCAGAUACCGGCUGUCGCGUUGUCCGCGCAGAACGUACCGAACCUGACCUGGCUGAACGUCACCGCAAAUCCAUUGGUCAGGAUACACGAGAUCAGCUCGAAGGCCAAGUACCCAGCCCUCCAAGAGAUACACAUAUCGGGGACUAACUUGAGCAUAGUAACCAGCCAAGAUUUCGAGGCGUUUCCGGCGUUGAUGCACCUGUUCAUGGGGAGCAACAUGAUCUCGAGGGUGUCGCCGAGCGCGUUUCGCAGCUUGAUCGAGCUACUGACCUUGGACCUGAGCGUGAACGAGCUCGAUUUCCUGCCGCAGGAGAGGUUGAAAGGGUUGGAACACCUGAGGAUACUUAAUCUCACGCACAAUCGGUUGAAGGAGCUGGAAGAUUUCCCGCCCGAUCUGAAGGCUCUCCAAGUGUUGGACCUCUCGUACAAUCAGAUCAGCGGAGUGGGCAGGACCACGUUCCAACAUCUCGAGAAUCUCGCCGAGCUUCAUUUGUACGGGAAUUGGAUAUCCUCCAUCUCGCCUGACGCUUUCAAACCGUUGAAGAAACUGAGAAUCCUCGAUCUGAGCAGAAACUAUUUAGCGAAUUUACCGUUGAACGCGUUCAGGCCACUCGAGACGCAAAUACGAAGUCUUCGCGCGGAAGAGAAUCCACUGCAUUGCGACUGCGAGUCCCAGGAGCUUUGGGAGUGGCUGCGAGAUCAUCAGAAGUUGGUGGGGGGCGGCGUUGCCCGAAAUCGAGGGGGUGGGUUGCGAAUGAACGACGUGGACAGCGGAUUGCUGAGGUGCCAACAGCCGCCGGAAUUGCGGGGCCUGGUGUUCCUCGAGUUGGACCCGCACGCCUUCUGUUCCGCGCCCCUCGUCCUGAAACUCGCGAUCCAGGACAUUCAACCGUUUUCCGUGUUGGUCUCCUGGCAGAGUAGAAAUCACUCGGGUAUCCGGGGAUAUCAGGUGGCCUAUCACGCCAUGGAGAACAUCGAGGAGUUUCAGACGCUGGCGAAGAUACUCGAGCCGAAUUCACGUUCCACGAAAUUGUCCAAGCUCUUGCCAAACACUCGGUAUUUGAUCUGCGUGUUUGGAUUGGGAAACUGGAUGAGCCAACGUCUCGAGGAGGACACGGUGGAUCAAUUUAACUUCUCCAACCACGAGACGUUCGAAUCGUCGUCGGAUAUGCAAAUGGCGGAUUCGUCCACGAGCCGUUGCACCGAGGUGAAAACACUCGAGACGCCCGAGGCGGUGAUCAGUAGCGACGGCUCGUCGAUGGGUGACGUGGGAAGCGUGAGCAGCUUCCUGACAAGGCGCCUCGGCCUGAUAGUCGGUUGCUGCAUGGGAUUCGUUGUGUUUCUUCUCCUCGUUUCCGUCCUCGGUUAUCUGAAGGUGAAGAAGCAAAGGGAGACGGUGAAAAGGGAGCAACCGAUCCCUCCCGAGUACAUCUCCUACAGGCACUUCAGCAUACAGAGCGGGGAGGCAGGCCACGUGGCCAGACAGACGAGCCAAGACGGCCAACAGUCCAACUUCAUCAACAGCAUGGGGAACACUAAUCUGAACGUAUGAGACAAGUUGAAAAACUCCCGAGGCGUGGAGGUUUCGAACGUUUGAUCCAACCUUCUACGAAUUCUCCCACGUCAAACGUGUCAAACGUGAAACGCUCCAAACUCGCGGUAGUUUUUUUCUCCUCGAUCGAACGGACGAAGUCAUAUCGAUUGUAUAAUAAGGACGAGGAUUCUCGAUAUAUAGAAAGAUCGUAUCGGGAUGGAAAGAAAUCUUCGUUCAGCCAAAAAGAGAAAAAAAUAAAAAAAAGUACGUGCGCGUGUUUGUGCAAACGCCAAGUGAUCCGCGAUCGCUAGAGAUUAACCGAGCGUUUUAUAUGUGAUUUUCUACGAAUCUUUACUUCGUUCGAUGUAGCCUUUACGCGGAGGUGGAACGCAACGGGAAUGAGGUUUAAUCGUUGUGCGCACCCGUGUGUGUGUGUGUGUGUGUGUAUGUGGUGUGUUGUGUGUAUCCAGUGAAUCGGGCUGCGAAAUUGUAACCCGAAGGAUCAGAGAACUUCAUUACGCGGCACGUCGCGUUUGCUGGACGAUUUACGGGUAAACAACGCAACGCAAGGACCUAUUCGGACCUCCCCGGUACACGAUGCAUUGUGUUUUCUAAAUGGCUCGGCAAACCAUCGUGCGCGUGGUAUUCCCUGUAAAGAGGGGGAGGGGGAGGGACAAUGCGACCCGUCGCGUCGUUUCGAGUAAGUGCAUUCUUGAAUUUCCGCUUGCAACGCGCCAAGGGACCUGCAACCUGGCAGACAAUGAUGAAUCGCGCGCGACCAAGGUACAGGCCGUUCUUGUAUACCGUUAUACGCGUAUAUAUUUGUACAUAAGUGAACAGUAUCGAAUCGUUGUUCGCUUGCGAGUGAGUGAGUGAGGGAACGAAAAGAACGAGAACGAGAAAGAGAGAGAGAGAGAGAGAGAGAGAGUUUAAGAAGAAUUCGAAGAAAAUUUCAAUGAAA